AUGGCAGCUAUCAAAGAGGUUCAACAGAUACCGAACAAGAGCGACAUGCCUCCAUACCAACAAACAGAGGGGCAGUAUCCUAAGAGGACCACCUCGAGGAUCGCUGAGCUUCGCAAUGCCUUCAAUCAACCAGUAAAACCAUUAGGCGUAUCUGAUGCAGCAUACGCGGAGACCAAGAGAUUACAAAGACCUGUCAACCCAACUGGAGCUCUGUCGACUUGGCUUGAGAACGAUGGUCGUGCUGACAGGCCCGCCGCUGCAACUGCACGACCCGCAGUACGUCCAGCUUCCAAAGAACCAACGCUUCUUGACGGAGUCACGGUGAUCUAUGCACCUGUGCCGAACUUUUCGAUACCCACACCGCGGAGCUCACCCACAAAGACAAAGAAACCGAAGACUCAACUGACUGCUCUACCACCCGUCUAUCGACCCGUCGGGCCGUACAAUGGUAGUCCUUACGUCCACGGUAGCAGAGCCACAACAAAGACCAAGAAUAUGCGACGACGAACCCAAUCUAGUGAGUUCACUGUGCCUGAGCAAAUGGUGAGACAGCACGAUACCAUAUCGCUCCUGUCUAGCAGUGCUUCGGAGUGGGCCAGAGAUACGGAAGCCGAGCAUCGUGAAGUCCUGCAAGCAGGAUACAUGUGCGAGACGAAGAUGGCUUUUGUCGAACGCAAGAAGCGCGAACUUGCAUCCAUCUUAGAGAAGCUCGAGGAAGUCGAGACGCAGCUCGGUCAGCUCGGUGAUGUUGACGAUGUUCGUGCUAUCAAGCCGAGUCUAGCAUACAGGCCGGGCAAAUCUCCUCACAAACGCCAUCGGGAUUCAGGUGUCCAUAUCAGCCCGACGCAGCGUCGCAGGAAAGGUCAUCGCAUUAAUAGAUCAGCUUCGUCGCGGAUGUCGUCGCUUAUGGCUCGCGCAGCGGUGGUCACACCUCAGAUGUCAGCCGCCAGCUCCGUGAUGUGGUCGCCCCGGACGUCUACAGACGAAAGCAUGCAGUCAAGGCUUACUAGAAUGUCCUCGCGAGGCUGUCAGUCGAGAAUGAGUCUACUGAGCCUGUCCAGCUUCAGCUCAUUUGAUACCGUGCUUACUGUCAGCUCCAGGACAGCAGUCUCGACGGCGGUAUCUGCUGCCAUGAAACCAGUGCCGUUAUACCGAGGCAUCCCAACAUUGCAGUCUGUGCCUGCUCGCGGCAAUAGUCGGGUGAUGGACGACUCCAGCCCCAUGGAUCACAACUCCCCCGAGUAUAAGCAGUCGCCAGCCUUGAUAAGCUCCGAGGCACGCCCAGCCAACGACGUAUUCCAGAUCCAGCGAUUAUCAGCCCCCGAGGACAAAGGCAGACUUACUGGACCUUACCAGGACAUCGUGAUUCUCACGCCACCUUCUUCGACUGCUCGAGUGACGACUAGGCCCUCUCGACCACGACCGACCACCAUUUCGCCUGUCACACCUCUGCGAGAUCUACCAUCAGAGAGCUCGAGCUACUACAGCAACGACAACGAAGAAGAUGCGGACGACUACUUCGAAGACCCACCGUCGCCGCUACAGCACUACGGCACACGCAAGCAUCAUCACCACCACCACCACCAUCACCACCACAACAGGACAAUUUCUGCCCGGCCAAGCCCAGAGGCCGAGAAAUCCUCCCCAAGCAAGCCACUGCGUCUCACGCUGACGCCCCCCAUCUGCGCCGAAUCUCCACCUCAACUCGCAAACAACAGUGGAAACACAACGAAGCGCUCUACGCCUCUCGUUCGCGCCUUCAAGCGCUGGAUUACACCCAAGUCUUCCGUCGCCACUGUCCCAACAACAGCAAGUGCUGCUUUGCCUCAACGAGCGUCCUAUGCCACGCAACCCACGACCUCACCGACGAAACGCCGCGGCUUCUCAUCUCUAUUCAAACGCAGGAGCUGCGCGCCACGGAAGUCGUCAGUUGAGUCGCAGACGCAGCAGUAUCAGAGCGUGGCACCUCACUCCGUGCAUGUUCACGGAACACGGUUCAGUAUGACGACACCACCGCAGCAGACUGGACCGUACGCCAAUCGACCUUAUCAUGAGCUUGCGGGAUGA